AUGAGUCACUGCAAACACUUGAAAUCCUCUUCGCCUGACCAUGCACCAGCAACCAGCUCUACCAAGCAAUCCACACUCUCAAACACACAUCUUGCGCACGCAGCUCUCCAAUCAGCAAACAUGACAGACCCAAACUUCCUCAUCACAACCCCUCGCCUCACCAUCUCUUACCUCGACCCAUCAAAUCCUUCCCACUGCCAAUUCAUGGUCAACCUCUGGAACACACCCGAAUUCAUCACCAUGCUCGGCGGCAAACCAACCUCCAUAACCACACCCCCUGCCGCAAAAUCACUCAUCGAAAACCGCUUCAUCGCCGAUCAUAGAAGAAAUGGAUAUGGCAUUUAUCUGGUUUCCCUUCUCGACAAUGGUCAGCCUGGUCCUCCUAUCGGUACUGUUUCACUCAUGCGUGGUGAGAAUUCUUCACUGCUGGCGCCGGAUAUUGGGUUUGCUAUGCUAUCUGAAUAUAUGAGGAAGGGCUAUGCUGUUGAAGCUGGAACGGCACUGAUUGACUAUGUUGGCAAGGAACAAGGUGUCACUGCUAUCUUUGGUUUCUGUAAUGGGAAGAAUGAGGCUAGUAUGGCUACAUUGAGGAGACUGGGAUUGAAAUGGGAGGGUUUGAGAGUGGUCAAAGAUUUUGGAGAUGAUGAGACGGCGUGUUGGAGUUGGGGUAUGGAGGAUGUGAGGGAGUAUGGACUGUGAGGUUGAUUGUGAGACGUUUGUCAUCUGUUUGGAUCAAUACUCGAUUACUGAACCACGUAGC